AUGCACAGAACAUUAUUUCCCCACUUAGUAAGAAAAUUCUGGUUGACCACAGGUCAUAUUAUCCAUCUGGAAACAUUACUACAAACAGCACACUUUCCAAGACAGAUGUCUGAGAAUAACUGCACUGCGGUGACUGAAUUCAUUAUUUUGGGGUUGACAGAUGAUCCAACUCUUCACAUCAUCCUCUUUGUGAUAUCUCUAGGUGUCUAUGUUGUCACAGUGGUGGGUAACCUUAGCAUAAUCAUAUUGGUCAGAAAUAGCUCCCAACUUCACACUCCAAUGUACCUUUUCCUCAGUCACUUGGCUUUUCUGGACCUUGGAUUUUCCUCAUUUGUCACACCUCUCAUGCUUAUGAGUUACCUAGAGGACAGAACCUUAAUCUCUUUGGGAGGCUGUUUGGCUCAAUUGUGUUUUACAUCUACUUUUGGGAGUACUGAAUGCUUCUUGCUGGCUGUGAUGGCUUAUGAUCGGUAUGUGGCCAUUUGUAACCCUCUACUCUACUCCACCAACAUGUCUACUAGGGUCUGCACUCUGUUACUCACCACCUCCUACCUAGGUGGUUGUAUAAAUGCUUGGACUUUUACUGGUUGCUUAUUGAAUCGGUCCUUUUGUGGACCCAAUAAGAUUAAUCACUUUUUUUGUGAUUAUUCACCACUUUUGAAGCUUUCCUUCCCACAAGAUGAUCUUGCUGAAGUUCUUCCUGCUGUCUCUGCUGCAUUAGUACUUAUGAUAACAGCGUUAGUUAUAAUAAUCUCCUAUGUGUAUAUCCUCUUCUCUGUCCUGAAGAUAAACUCUACUAAGGGAAAAUCCAAAGCUUUCUCAACUUGUACCUCCCACCUCACAGCAGUCACUCUGUACUAUGGGACCAUUACUUUCAUUUAUGCAAUGCCUAAAUCCACCUAUUCAACAGAUCAGAACAAAGUAGUGUCUGUUUUCUAUAGUGUGAUGAUCCCCAUGCUGAAUCCUCUGAUCUACAGUCUAAGGAAUAAUGAAGUAAAAGGUGCUUUGAGAAAACUGAUGAGUAGGACACACUUUUUUUCAUGA